GAAAAAUCGAUAGGGCGCCCUCUGGUUAAGCAAUCACACUUUGACGAAGUGAUGAUACGGCGAUACACAUGGUAGUUUUUGUGAUUUAAAACAAUAUUGAAUUAUUGAUGAUGGAGUAUCUACAGGGUGAAGUAACGCGUACUGAAGGUACCAUUUUGUGCUGCCUCUGUGAAACACCAAUUGCUCCAAACCCUGCUAACAUGUGCGUCGCUUGUAUGAGAACUCAGGUUGACAUCACCGAAGGAAUUCCUAAGCAAGCUACCAUUUAUUUUUGUAAAUCAUGUGAAAGGUAUUUACAGCCCCCAUCUCAUUGGGUAAGCUGCACAUUAGAGUCGCGUGAAUUACUCGCUCUUUGUUUAAAAAAACUCAAAGGCCUCCAGAAGGUAACUUUAAUUGACGCCAGCUUCGUCUGGACAGAACCUCACUCAAAGAGGAUCAAAGUGAAGCUGACUAUUCAGAAGGAAGUGCUAGGGGGCGCUGUUCUUCAGCAGGUCUUCAUCGUAGAGUUCACAGUCAACUAUCAGAUGUGCGAUGACUGUCAUCGCGUCGAGGCUAAAGAUUUCUGGAAAGCGGUAGUCCAAAUUCGGCAAAAGGCAACCCACAAGAAAACUUUCUUCUACGUUGAACAGUUGAUGUUGAAGCACCGCAGCCACAGCAAAGCCCUGAACAUUAAGCAACAUGAUGGAGGCCUAGACUUCUACUUUGCUACCAAAGAUGAUGCCAGAAAACUGGUGGAAUUUCUAGCCUCUGUUAUUCCAUGCAGAAACAAGACUUCUCAACGUCUGAUCUCCCACGAUAUCCACAAUAAUACUUAUAAUUACAAGUAUACCUUCUCAGUUGAAAUAUCUCCUGUUUGUAAGAAUGACAUUGUGUGUUUAUCCAAGAAAUUUGCUGCCAGCGUCGGUAACCUAGGCCAACUUUGUAUCUGUACCAAAGUGACCAAUAGUAUAUCACUUAUCAAUCCAGCCACUUUACAAACUGCUGAUGUUCCAAGUAAUGUAUACUGGAGAAAUGCAUUCACCAGCCUGUGCACACUCAAACAGCUCACUGAGUUCAUCGUUUUGCAGACGGAAAGAGUUGAAGAUAGAGAUAGAAGGCACGUGGCCGGACAGGGCUCCGUGUCAAAUAAGCAUCUACUUGCGGAUGUCUGGGUCCAGAGAAGUCAGGACCUUGGCAUAUCUGACGUGCAAAUCCACUGUCGUACGCAUCUUGGUCACCUUCUAAAUGUUGGGGAUAGUGUGUUGGGCUUUGACUGCAACCAUGCGAACAUCAAUGACCCAAACUUUAGUACACUCAAUCCAGAGUUUGUACCGGAUGUGAUCUUGGUGAAGAAACAUUACGGUAAUCGGCAGAAACGUAACAGACGCAGAGCUUGGAAGCUGAAGACGCUUAACAAGGAACUUAAUAACAUGGAGACGGAUUCAACAAAUACUGAUUAUAAUCAGUUCCUCGAGGAUUUGGAGGAAGAUGUAGAAUAUCGAAAGAACGUCAACAUUUACCUUGAUCGUUCGAAAGUAAAUGUUGCUGUUGAGUCGAGCGAUGAAGGCGAGAUGCCUCAGGUUAGUCUACAGGAGAUGUUAGAUGACCUACACCUGACUGAUGAAGGGAUGGAAGAAGCAGCUGCUGGAGCACUGGAGUAAGGGGCAUCCCCUUCCCCACAUCCUUCCUCAAAACUCGCACCACAUCUUACAAAUAUAAUAUGUUGACAUAUUAUUAAAGUGCAUUGUACAAUUAGUACAAAAAUUAAUUUUUUUAUUUGUUUACAAUCUAUCUGUAUCCCUGUCUCUGUAUAUGGAGGCUUUAUUAUGAAUUCUUGAAAUUGACCAUCCUUACUCUAGCAACAAGUUUUUCACCUACAACAAGUUAACAAAAAUAAUGCGUCCAAAAUUCGCAUGCGCGCAAGAAAAACAUGGUUAUAACGAUAAAGUUGUUGAUUAAAUACCCCUAUUUAUGCAAAGAGGAAAAUAAGGGCGAUUACACCGAUUAAGUGCACGUACUGUACUUUUUGAAAUAGAGUAUUUUAAAAUAGCCACAAAUAGUCAACUGCCUCUUAUUAACAUUAUGACAUACCACGCUAUACUUAAAUUAAAAAAUAGAAAUAAAACAAGGCUUCAAUUUUACUUAAAAUUUUACAAGGAUGGCACUGACAAGGCUGGUUUUGCCAAAAGCAUCACUCUACUCUACUAUUUCGCUCAUCGUUAUGUUCAAAGUCAUUAAUGAAUGCAGUAAUUGCAUCCUUUCCUCUCGAUUUAAUUUUGCAGGAACUGACAAAUCCUUGAAUAUAUAUAUUCUUUCUUUAUUGUCAAACUCGUAUUAAAAAAGCAAAUUCGAAAAUUGACUUCCUUGCAACGAAAAACAAAGGAAACAACUGUACAAUAAAAAUAUGCUGUUCCAAGAAAAAGUGAAUCCCUUCAUAUUCGGCCAAUCCUUUUAUGAGAAAUUUCACUGGAAACAUCACCCUACCAUUUACCAUUGUUAUUUUCGCCAAGUUCAAUUUCAUUGAUGCAUGCAGUAAUUGCAUCCUUUCUCCUUGCUUUAACUUGUGUAGGAAUUGGCAAAUCCUUGUAUAAAAAUGUGUAGUUUAAAGAAAAAGUGAAUCCCUUCAUAUUUGGCCAAUCCUGGGAAAUUCAAGUAAUGGCACUUAUUGUGCCUGACUGUCUUUGCCUGAUGCGAUUCUAUGGCGAAUGGGACGCCACCACACGCCGUGCAACGGAUCGUUUAUAAUGACGAUCCGUUCAGACUUUAAAUAGUCGGGUGCCUCUCAUUAACAUUAUGAUAUAUAACAUACCAUGCUAUACUUAAUGCUCUUCCAAGGAUGGCAUUGAAAAGAGUGGUUUUGCCAACCCGUUUCUUCCCCAGAAAUAACACUCUACUAUUUAUCAACGUUAUUUCGCCAUUUUCAAGAUCAUAAUGAAUGCAGUAAUUGCAUCUUUUCCCCUUGCUUUAAUUUGUGAAGGAACUGACAAAUCUUGAAAUAAAAUAUUUUGUUUCAAGGAAAAGUGAAUCUCUUCAUAUUCGGCCAAUUCUGUUAUGGGGAAUUUAAAUAGUCAGCUGCCUCUCAUUAACAUUAUGAUAUGUAACAUACCAAGCUAUACUUACUUUAAAAAGUAGAAAUAAACAAAGCUUUAAAUUUACUUAUGCUUUUCGAAGGAUGGCAUUGACAAAGCUAGUUUUCCCCCAUACGCCGUGUAACGGAUCGUUUUUAAUGACGAUCCAUUCAAACUGCUACCGACAAUCAACACCGUGGUCUUGUUAACAGUGAGCAGAGUUGGAUUAGUUGGCCAACUGUCGUACAUCCAUCGUACGACACAUGGCUUGACAGUGAUGAAUAAAAUUGAAAUGAUGAAUAAAAUUGAAAUGAUUUAAUAGACACAUAGACAAACAUAAUUAAUAUUUUAUGAUUCAACCAUAAUAUAGUGUCAAAAUUAUGAUUUUUAAAUUUUGUUCAUUGUCUUAGAGGCAUUUACGAUAUUUAUCAACUUUUCAGAAGUGUCUUAAUGGCUGUUCUCUUUAAUUUGUAACACUAUAUUCCUGAGAUAUUUAGGUUAGUAAGAAUAUUAUGAUAUUUUAAUAUAUUUUUUUUUGGAUCUACCUGUAUUCGCAAGUAUAUUUACAGAGUGACAAAUAUAUUUCUGGUUUUAAUUGUGGUUUAUUGGGAAAGUUACUGAAGGUGCGUUUUUGAACGAUAAACAAGGCAGUGAAAAAUAAAAGGCAAUAGUAACAAUGUGUU